UAACUUCUUCUUGUGGUUUCCACCACACCCCCUGUUAGCACGCAUUAUCCAUGACCACCCUCAUUCUGUAUACGGACACAAACCCUAUCUAACAAAAAGGCACUUGCAAUUCUUGUGUGUUGCUGGACAACUUCUUCCUCGCCUUUGAGCUUGUUUUGUCGUAAAUGUUGUGAUUUUUCAGUGGAGACUUCAAUUCGGGUUGGAGAACUACCUUGAAUCUGAUCAAACAGCGCGUAAAAGAUCAGUCGAAACGGUAGCAAUUCACCUGAAAUCAAGAUAGCAGAGAGCGUGCAUGUGAUGUAAGUAUGUAUUAGCAACGAGACCGCGCUGGAUGAACAAGCAGAUACGGGAAUGAAAUCUGAAGUACGAAUGGACGGGGCCAUGCAGGUUCGACGCAGGAUAGAACUUCAACGUUUAAGGUUUUCGCUUAACACGCUGACAACUCUGUGUCUAAUAAUCUUCGUUCUUCUGACGUCCGAAGUACAAGCCGGAGGAAAGAAGCAUGACCAGCCGUGCGGGGGAAGGGACUGCAGCGGAGGCUGCAAAUGCUUCCCUGAGAAAGGAGCUCGGGGCCAGCCAGGGCCCCUAGGACCACAGGGGGGCCAAGGGCCCCCAGGACGACCGGGAGACUAUGGUGUGAUUGGGCCCAAAGGAGAGAAGGGGGACCGAGGGCGUGGCGGCGUUACUGGGCCCAAAGGAUCCGUGGGAAUGACCGGAGUUCCUGGGUUCUCUGGGAUGGACGGGAUUCCUGGUCACCCUGGACAGGCAGGGUCUCGGGGGAAACCAGGCGCUGAUGGGUGCAAUGGAACACGAGGAGACAACGGAGCACAGGGGACACUCGGCAUCCAUGGUCCCCCAGGUUAUCCUGGUGGUCCUGGCAGAAAGGGUGAGAAAGGCGACAAUCUGGAGAUUAGCGUGUUCAUGGAGAGAUUUCGGGGAGAUCCGGGUGAUCGCGGCUAUCCUGGAUAUGCAGGCCCUGCUGGUGUCCCCGGUCCAGCGGGUCCCCAGGGCCGUGUUGGACCUCAGGGCCCACCUGGAUUUCCAGGCCCUCCUGGGCCAAAGGGAACAAUGACCAAAACGCUUAAGGGGCAGAAAGGUGAACUGGGUGAUGCUGGGGAGCCGGGCCCCCCCGGGAACUCUACCUACCCCCACACCUCUUCACCUCCAGGACUACCGGGUUUUAAAGGGGAAAAGGGUCUCAGUGGUGAAAGGGGAGAUUUGGCUGACAACUGGGUGGUCGGAGAAGUCGGUGUGAUGGGCUACCCAGGGCAAAGGGGAAGCCCUGGUUUGGAUGGGCGCCCGGGCGGGAAGGGAGAUGAUGGGGAACCGGGGCAAAGUGGAAGAGACGGAGCCAAGGGUGCAAGAGGAGAGCCAGGAGUAUUCACUUUUCCAUUUGGUCCAAUUACAGCAGGGCCCCGUGGUCCUAUCGGAGAGCCCGGCCCCCAAGGGGAGAGGGGGGAACCUGGGCAGAAGGGACUCUCUGGAAUCCCAGGAACUCCUGCCACUCCUUCCUUUGACCUUGCAUUGAAAGUGGGCCCAUUUGGCCCAAAGGGGUUCAAAGGGACCAAGGGUCCUGAUGGUGACUCAGGGAUACCUGCCACUGUGCCUGGUCACCCUGGUUACGACGGAUAUCCUGGAGCUCCUGGAAGCCCUGGGGAGAAAGGCUCAUGGGGAAAUGAGUUCAGAGGUGAGGAUGGUGAAAGCGGGCAGCCAGGUUCUGCCGGGCAGCAGGGCCAGAAAGGUGAUGAAGGCCUGUGCCAGUGCAACAAUGUGCACUCUCCACCUGGCCCUCCUGGGCCUCAAGGUAGCCUGGGAGACCAAGGCAUGUCAGGCGAGUGGGGCCAGCAGGGUGACCCAGGCAGUCCUGGCCCACACGGGAUCUCUGGACCACCUGGUCUUCCGGGCCAGGCGGGUCUACCAGGUCAGAGGGGGAGGAAAGGCGAACCGAUGGUAGCCACGCAGAAAGGAUCACCUGGAGAUCCAGGGGACCCUGGUGCAGCAGGAGACCAGGGGGAAAGUGGUCUACCAGGGCCACUAGGAUAUCCUGGAGCCCCUGGACAACGUGGUCAACCGGGAGAUGGACCGUUGGGACCUCCAGGAGAAAGGGGUCGUCCUGGCCGCCCCGGUGCACCUGGGAGUGCUGGACUGAUGGGCGAACCGGGCCAGGUCCUGGGAGGAAAGGGGCUUCCAGGACUCCCGGGUGAAGCUGGCUUCGACGGUUUUGCUGGAAGCCCUGGAUCCCCAGGUGUUCCAGGAGGCUGUGUUCUGGAAGGAGACGGGAGACAAGAGGAUGGAACAGGAGAGUGUGAUCCAGUGCCGGGGCCUGCCGGUAAACCUGGCUUACCUGGCCCUGUUGGUUUGGACGGUCCACAAGGUGAGCCUGGACGCAAAGGUUCGCUUGGAUGGUUCGGGGAGGAGGGGCUGAAAGGGGAACAGGGUGAUCCAGGCAGAGGUGGAUUACCGGGGCAACCAGGGUAUGUGGGGCUUCGUGGAGAUGGGGGUCUGCCCGGCUACAAGGGGAAGCAGGGGUCUCCUGGUAUCCCAGGAAGGUGGGGCCAGGAUGGAGAACUGGGACAGAAAGGUGCUCACGGGGAGGUUGUGGGGGCCUCCACUGGGCCCCCCGGACAGCCAGGACCUCCUGGCCUACGAGGGACUAAAGGCAUCAAUGGAGAUCCUGGUCAGCCUGGAUAUGAAGGGGUGCUAGGCAUGCCAGGAAUACUUGGGUCCAAAGGAGAACUGGGUCCUCAAGGCCUGCAAGGGCAGGAAGGGAGGCCGGGACUUCCGGGAAAGUAUGGCUUCCCAGGUUUGCCAGGACAGGCAGGCCCCCCAGGCCCUCCAGGAGUCAUUGGAAAACCAGGCCCCGCUGGUUACAGAGGAGAGGACGGUGACCCCGGCCCUCCUGGCCCUUAUGGAAUGAAGGGGUCUCCUGGUGGACCAGGUAGCUUUGGUGCAAAGGGGAACGAGGGGCAGCAAGGCACCCCAGGGUUACCUGGACAGCCUGGCAACCCUGGUCUUCUUGGAGUGAAAGGUUCCAGAGGCUCAAUAGGGAUGUCAGGGUUCGAAGGCAUGCCAGGCAACAAGGGCACAGUGGGAUUCGCAGGACAGAAAGGAGAACAGGGGUUUCCUGGGACCUUGGGAUACAAAGGUACCAUCGGACACAAGGGAGUAAAGGGUGAAAGAGGGUUGAAGGGACCCCCAGGUACAAAGCCAGAAAUUCCCCGAUACAUGAUCAUCGAGAUGAAGGGGAUCAAGGGAGACCACGGGAAAGCAGGAGGUCACGGCUUCACAGGUCCCAGGGGGUCUAAGGGAUUCCCAGGCCUGCCAGGAGUGACAGGCACUGACGGUAUGCCAGGAGAUCCAAAUGAUGUGAAGGGUACCAAGGGAUACUUUGGGGCAGAAGGGCUUCCAGGACUCAAGGGAAUGCCUGGUACCCCUGGAGAACUGGGAAUCCAGGGCUUCCCGGGAAUGACAGGACACAGGGGACAGAAAGGAACUCCUGGAGCCUAUGGUCGCUCGGGGGAGGACGGUGUGCAGGGACGCAAAGGUGAAGACGGCCCCAUCAUCAGCUUACCUGGACCCACAGGUGAAAGAGGGGACCCCGGCUUUCCUGGACAUCAUGGGAUUAAGGGCUUCGGUGGGCUGCAAGGAGAAAAGGGCAGUGCAGGCUUCAAUGGCAUCAAUGGUGUCAAAGGAGAAAAGGGCUGGCCUGGUGUUGAUGGCCCGGCAGGGUCUAAUGGGAAAACAGGUUCCCCAGGACACCACGGUCAGAAGGGGUGGCCUGGGACCCCAGGAGACCCAGGGUUUGGGGGCCAUCCUGGCCUCCCAGGGGAGAGAGGUUUUCCUGGUCUGAAAGGCAUAUUUGGUCUGGAUGGUCUGAAGGGGCAGAAAGGCAUUCCUGGAGUCCCAGGUUUGGAUGACUGGGGACUGUCAGGAGACCCUGGGUCCAAAGGAGUGAAAGGAGAACCAGGGAUCCCCAACACAGAGACAGGAUUACCAGGGUUGUUUGGCUCCAAGGGAUCACAGGGAGACCCAGGUGCUGAAGGCUAUCCCGGAGCCCCCGGAUUUCAGGGGCCCCCAGGGCCACACGGGAUAUCUGACAUACCAGGCACACAGGGUGACCCCGGCUUCCCAGGGGCAAAAGGGCUGAAAGGUUUCCCGGGGGGUCAAGGGUCACCAGGUGCAUCCUCUCCCAGUGGAGUCAAGGGGGAUAGAGGUCUGCCAGGACUCUUUGGGCAGAGGGGCUCAAUAGGCAUCCAAGGAGAUAAGGGACCGCAAGGAACCCCAGGACGGAACGGAGUGUCUGGGAAGAAAGGUUCAAAGGGAGAGCAGGGGCUGAUGGGAACUCCUGGCAGGCCUGGUUUCAAAGGAGACAGAGGACCUGUCGGUCCAAAAGGCAACACUGGAUUCCCAGGGUUCCCUGGGCUGAUUGGUGAUCAGGGCCCAGUACCCACCCCACCCAAACAGCUUGGAGAGAGGGGCCCUCCCGGUGCUCAUGGAAUCCGAGGACCCGAUGGACGCCGUGGGGAGAUUGGCCCCCUGGGGCCGCCUGGGGACCCAGGCUUCACGGGUCCCCAGGGUCAGAAGGGCAUGCCAGGAAUUAGCGGCACAACUGGGACUCCAGGUUACCGUGGAGAUGGCGGGCAGGUUGGAUACCCAGGUCUCCAGGGCCUUCAAGGGAGUCCGGGCCGCCCUGGGGUCCCUGGGAUCGCUGGAAUGCCGGGGCGCAGCGUGAGCGUGGGGUACCUGCUGGUGAAGCACAGCCAGUCGGACCAAACACCCAUGUGUCCCGUGGGCAUGGCCAAGCUGUGGGAGGGCUACAGUCUGCUGUACUUUGAGGGGCAGGAGAAGGCUCACAAUCAGGACCUGGGCUUAGCUGGUUCUUGUCUCCCUCGUUUCAAUACUAUGCCCUUCCUCUACUGCAACCCCGGCGACAUUUGCUACUAUGCCAGCCGCAACGACAAAUCCUAUUGGCUGUCCACCACUGCCCCCAUUCCCAUGAUGCCAGUGGAGGAGAUGGAGAUCAAACCCUACAUCAGCCGUUGCUCUGUGUGCGAGGCGCCGUCCGUGGCCAUUGCAGUGCACAGCCAGGACGCUACAAUCCCACAAUGCCCUGCAGGCUGGCGUAGCUUGUGGAUUGGCUACUCCUUCCUCAUGCACACGGCUGCUGGAGACGAGGGAGGCGGGCAGUCUCUGGUGUCGCCGGGCUCCUGCCUGGAGGACUUCCGCACCACGCCCUUCAUCGAGUGCAAUGGGGCCAAGGGCACCUGCCACUACUUUGCCAACAAGGAGAGCUUCUGGCUCACCUCCGUCGAGAGCUCCUUCCACGGUUCGCCUUCCGCCGAGACGCUCAAAGCCGGCCAGCAGCUGUCUCGAAUCAGCCGCUGCCAAGUGUGCAUGAAGAACCUGUGACCUCCCCGAAAUUUGUACCUGCAGUCCCCCCACCCCAAGUACCCCCAGUCCCGGUCCCAGCUGAGGCUUAAAGACUGUCAUUGCUGAGGUGUAGAAGAGUUAUAUCACAGAUUUUCCUGAAACCACAAGGGGAACAAAAAGAAAAGCUUUCCCAUUAUCACUUUAUGUUCAAAAUGGUGCUUAUUUAAUAUAAAUAAUAUAUAAGUUAUAUAACUUAUUACCUCAGCUAUGUGUUUUAAACUCGAACAACUCCUGAGAUUAUGCAGAUCAACCAAAGAUGCAAACAGUUUAUGCACUGCUUAUGUGUUUUAUAUGUUUUUAUAGAAAUAUAUAAAAUCAGCUUUUGACAAUAUUCCGGUUCCACUAAUGCUGUACCUCUAUGGACUGUAAACAAUGACUUGUUGGAGGUCUCGUAAUGAGAUUGUAUGCACUUAACACAAUGCACCGCUGUUACUUUCAGUAUUAAUACUUUUUCCCUGCACAGUUUUUUGUAUUUCUUUUUAAAUGAUCCUUCACACUGAGUGGAAAAAGACAGUAUACAAUAAUGAUACAAAUAUUUUUUUAUACCAGCAGUGAACUCUACACACGAGAAUACAAUGUCAGUAGUUGGGGAAUAGGAUUAUCAGCCCUUGAGCAGGUGCCUUAACCCUACAUAACUCCAGGGGGAUUGGUCCCUGCUUAGUCUAAUCAACUGUAAGUCGCUUUGGAUAAAAGCGUCAUAGAAAUAACUAAUAUAAUGUAAUGAUUAUCUAGCCCUUUUAUUUACAGCUACAGAAAAUGCACUGAAAAUUUUCCUGCUGAUAAUCUGUACCAUAGAAUUCAGUACCAAUAUUCUGAAAUGGCAAUGCAACCAAAAUAAGUAUUAAUCGUAUCUUAUCAGGUGAAACGAUGCAUAACACAUUUAAACUUGCUUAUGUCAAAUACAGUAUAAGAGCAAUGCAAUGCUUCUCUAAUAUAUUUGUAAUAUCCAAUCUGUAAAUGUGCUUAUAAAUCAGUGUUUGAUAUCUUCCUACCAUUCAUUUGAUGUAAUUUUCUGAAUACAAGCCUGUGAAUCCCAUUGCAUUUGAUUACUGGGUUUGAUUUAGCUAAAUAAAUGCUAUUGGUUUGUUUUGUAA